GACGCUUUAGAAAGAAGAAAAACAGAGAUUUAUUUAUUGGAAUCUUCGACGGAUUGCUUUUUUCAGACAUCAGUUUGAGAGGCUUUAGAAAGAAGAAAAACAGUUUGGGAUUUUGGACGGAUUGCUAAGGUAUGUCGUCAUCUAGAAAACUGAAGAUGAUGAGAAGAAGAGAGCUUCCUUUUGAAUUAGUGGUUGAAAUACUCGCUAGGGUUCCUGUUAAGGACUUAAUACGGUUUAGAUGCGUCUGCAAAACUUGGCGUUCGUUGUUCCAAGACGAGCGGUUUUAUAGACAGCACAUGACUCAUGCCCCAACGAGGAUUGUGUCGUUCCGUCUUUCGGAUAUUCUACUCGGUCGUUUUUCUUGUGAUAAUAGUGGCAACAAGGCUGAGAUGAUACUCCAAGCGAAUAAUAUCUUGAACGCUAGAGGUGAGAGAUUGGUUAUCGAUGCUUCUUUACUUGGUCACUGCCAUGGACUGUUUUGCUUUUGUUUUGAUAAUCGUAUUUUUGGUGUUUGGAACCCGUCACUGAGGGUAUUAAGAGAAAUACGCAAACCUGAUGUCCGUGAAUGGUCUGAGAUGGGUUUUGGGUAUGACCCCUCAAGUCAAGAUUAUAAGAUUGUAUUGCUUCUUAAGAAGCAAGGCAUCCACUCUGAAGCACUUGUGUUUUCCUUAAAGUCAGAGACUUUCAAAUUCUACCCAGGUCCGAGUAAUUGCGGUAAAGGAUUUCCUGAAGUUAUAGCGGGCGGGUUGAGAGGAGGCGGCCUAUGUACAGUAGGGGUUGACGCCCUGUCCGGUGGUUUAAUCGUUUGGUCUGCCCAACAUGACGACAAGAUUGGUGGUGGUAUCAAAUCUUGGAGCAAGAUUUGCAUUCUCUCGCCUGGCAUUCUUGAAAUCUCGACUAGUUGUCGUAUACAUCGCAUUUUUGUAGUGUCUGCGAUAACUUAUGCAGGAUUGCUACUAGUUUUAGUAAAUAUUGAUGGGAAAGAAUCAAUGAAAAGAGAGUCAAAACUGCUUGCGUACAACUUAGAGGAGAAAAGUUUGACAAAUGUUGAUACUAGUUUGUCCCUCUAUUCAUGUGGGCGUCUUCUGACGUAUGUUGAAACGCUUGUCCCUAUUCCUGGACGGUUGAAUCUUUAAAGGU